CCUGGACUCUCUGAGGAACCUGAGGACACGUCUUUGGACCGGGAGGAAGACCAGGAAGAGAAGAUUUGCUCUAUGGUUUCACAUCACUGUCAUUGUGAGCAUCGGACUGCUGAGUAUUCUCCUCAUCUCCCUGCGCUUCAAUGAAUUGACACUUCAGGGCUGGAUGUUUCACGACAAGAGUCUCUACCGUGUUUCUGCUACUAAGAAGGGCUGGAGGGCCAGUAGAGAAGACUGUCAGAAGAGAAAGGCAGACCUGGUGGUCAUCAACAGCAGAGAAGAACUGGCGUUUGUCAGCAGAUUGAUGGGUUCUUCCUGGAUUGGACUGAGUGAUCGAGAGAAAGAGGGGACCCACAAGUGGGUGGAUGGUACCCCCAUGACCUCAAGUUGGAGACACGUUAAACCACGCGAUGACGGUGGAGCAAGAGACUGUGUCGUAGCAGGGGAGGACGGCUGGUCUGAAGAACCGUGUAACAGAUCCGUGCACCACUGGAUCUGUGAGAAGGUCGUAGACCUGGAUCAUCUGGAGGCUGAGCGGAACAAAGAGGGUUCAGUGAUGCCCACGGAGGAGGAGGAGGAGGCCCCCAGCAUCACAGAGUUCCACUCCUCUACCCACGUGUUGCCCGUGGGCCAAACGGCCCGCUACACCUGCCACGCCGGCGGCACGCCGGAGCCCACAGUAGAGUGGCUCCACAACGGCAGGCCCCUGGAGAGGGACGGCACAGACGACCAAUCAGAGGCCUGGGUGGAGAGGGGCUUCCUCUUCGUCAGCGGUGGGAGGUACGGCGUGAACACGGUCUGCUGCAUGGCGAGCAACAGCGCUGGCACGGCCAAUCACAGCGCUGAGCUGCUUGUCUUUGAAGCCUGUGACCUCACACUGGACCCCAACACGGCCUACAGACUCCUCUCUCUGUCUGAGGACAACAGGAAGGUGACGCGGGUUGGAGAGGACCAGUCGUAUCCGGAUCACCCAGACAGAUUUGACUCCAGGCCCCAGGUGUUGGGUAGAGAGGCUCUGACUGGCCGCUGUUACUGGGAGGUAGAGAGGAAAGGAUGGGUUGAGAUAGGAGUGACAUACAGAGGAAUCACAAGGAGAGGAGGGGGUUGUGACAGCUUGCUUGGAGGGAACAACAAGUCCUGGGGUCUUUAUUGUUCUGAUGGUGGUUACUCUGCCCGGUACAACGGUACAGAGACAGCCCUCCCUCUCCCCCCCGCUGGCUCCACCAGAGUAGGAGUGUAUCUGGACCGGCCUGCUGGCUCUCUGUCCUUCUACAGAGUGUCCCCAGGUGGAGGAGGGUCCUCAGACACACUGACACACCUCCACACCUUCUGGUCCUCCUUCACCCAGGAGGACCUCCUCCCGGGGGUCUGGGUAGGGGGGGGUCCUCAGCCUCUCUGUGUCGGUUGUAGAAAAACGCGGGGGAGCCGGGGCCGUCUAAGCUGCACAGUGCUCUGCUCUCAGUCCCUUUGGGGGGGCAGCGUCUCAGUGAUCCCUCAGUUGUAGAAAAAUGGGGGGAGGGGUCAGCGGAGCCGGUGAGGGCCUCUCUUUCUUUCUUUCUUUCUUUCUUUCUUUCUUUCUUUCUCGCUCUCUCUUUCGCUUUCUCUCUCUCUCUCUCUCUUUCGCUUCCUCUCUCUCUCUCUCUCUUAGCAUGAUAAACCAUGAAAAGACUUCUAAGAUCUCUUUACACACGUAUAAACACACACACGUAUAAACACAUGUAUAAACAUGUCUCUCUCUCUCUCUCUCAUAGCAUGAUAAACCAUGAAAAGACUUCUAAGAUAUCUUUACACACGUAUAAACACACACACACGUAUAAACACAUGUAUAAACAUGUCACAUGUCUCUCUCUCUCUCUCUUAUAGCAUGAUAAACCAUGAAAAGACUUCUAAGAUCUCUUUACACACGUAUAAACACACACACGUAUAAACACAUGUAUAAACAUGUCUCUCUCUCUCUCAUAGCAUGAUAAACCAUGAAAAGACUUCUAAGAUAUCUUUACACACGUAUAAACACACACACACACGUAUAAACACAUGUAUAAACAUGUCACAUGUCUCUCUCUCUCUCUUAUAGCAUGAUAAACCAUGAAAAGACUUCUAAGAUCUCUUUACACACGUAUAAACACACACACGUAUAAACACAUGUAUAAACAUGUCUCUCUCUCUCAUAGCAUGAUAAACCAUGAAAAGACUUCUAAGAUAUCUUUACACACGUAUAAACACACACACACACGUAUAAACACAUGUAUAAACAUGUCACAUGUCUCUCUCUCUCUUAUAGCAUGAUAAACCAUGAAAAGACUUCUAAGAUCUCUUUACACACGUAUAAACACACACACAUAAACACACACGUAUAAACACAUGUAUAAACAUGUCACAUGUCUCUCUCUUUUGUAAAUUAUAGCAUGAUAAACCACAAAACGUUCAAGAUCUCCCAUAGUUAGAUAAGCACAUUUAUUAUUUGAAAUGUACAUAAAAUACCUAUUGGUGGUCAAUCUUUAUAUGUUUUCAGACUUCACCAGUUUAAGUCUUAAGGCCUCUUAUAUCAUCAUUUUUGUCAUAAUCCUGAUUUGCCACCUGAUUUAAAGCAGAUGUUAUGUUUUAUUCAUAAUAACCAAGAUGUCUAUGGGAUAAUGUUGCAUGUUGUAAAUUACUUUAAACUGAAUCUUGAUUUUUUGUUUUCUGUUGGGAAGCAAGCGGCCACAGAACAUGUUCAGUUAUUAAAGAUACGUGCUCACCUGUUGAUGAUUUGUAAAGUCUGCUGCUUCUAUUGUUUUAGUCCUCGUGUUUAUUGUGUACAUGUAAGGGACUAUUUUUCUGUCUUUUUUGUUAAUGAAGCAUAAUUGCAAUAAACAACUCAGUGGAUCCAACUGAA